GGUGACAGCGCUCGCUGGCCUGCAGGGCUCGCUUUAGGUGUUGCGGCACGGGAUGGCGGAGGCGCCUCCUGUCUCAGGCGAAUUGUUUCAUCUUUGGACUUCAGGGACAAACUUGACUACAAGGAAGCAUGUGGCCAGCGGAGGUGGGGGAUGGAUGAGUGCUUUUAAGUUCAAUACGGAUGCUGCUGAGUUCAUUCCUCAGGAGAGAAAAAAUUCUGGUCUGUACUGUGGGAGUCAAAGGAGACUAGAUUCUAAUAGAAUUGGUAGAAGAAAUUACAGUUCACCACCUCCCUGUCACCUUUCCAGGCAAAUCUCUUAUGAUGACAUCUCUGCUGUUCAUCAGCACAGUUUUCAUCCUUCGGGAGGCAAACCUAAGAGUCAGCAGACUUCUUUCCAGUCCUCUGUUACUAACAAAUCUCUCAAGAACCAUGGCCUUCAGAAUCAACCUUGGCAGAAAUUGAGGAGUGAAAAGCAGCAUAUCAGAGUCAAGAGAGCACAGGGCCUCACUGACCAGACCUCAGAUGCACCUGGCCUAGAAAGCGUGGCCAAAUCAGAGAGUGGGACAAACCUCAGAGAGCACAGUCCUUCCGAGAGUGAGAAGGAAAUUGUCGGUGCAGAUCCAAGGGGAGCAAAACCCAAGAAAGCAACCCAAUUUAUAUACAGCUAUGGGAGAGGACCAAAAGUCAAGGGGAAACUCAAAAGUGAGUGGGUUCACAGAAUGACUCCCAAACCUGAGGAGGCAGGACCUGAAAACACCAAACCAGCAGGGGUUAUCCACCCUGACUCUUCGGAUGCUUCCUCUAGAAAAGUAGUAGCGGAUGGGGCCAGACGCGGCGAGCAGAGAAGACACCCACAGAAAAGGUCUCCCUGGGAAGUGGAGGGAGCCAGGCCACGACCAGGCAGGAAUCCACCAAAACAGGAGAGCCAACGACAUACAAACGCAGGGUCCAGAGACAACAUGGCCCCCAUUCCAAAGGAUGAUCUUAAUGAAAGGCCAGCAAAGUCCGCCUGUGACAGUGGGAACUUGGCAGUCGUCAGCAGGUCUUCUAGAAGGGCUGACCCAGAGAAAUGUGCUGUAAGGAGGCAGGAUCCUCAGGUAGCAUCUUUUCCCCGAGGCAAACAGAACCACAUGCUAAAGAAUGUGGAAACACACACAGGUUCUCUGAUUGAACAGCUCACCACAGAAAACUACGAGUGCAUGGUGUGCUGUGAGCUGGUCCGUGUCACCGCCCCAGUGUGGAGCUGUCAGAGCUGUUACCAUGUGUUUCAUCUGAGCUGCAUAAAGAAAUGGGCCAGGUCUCCAGCAUCUCAGGCAGAUGGCCAGAGCGGUUGGAGAUGCCCUGCAUGUCAGAAUGUUUCUGCACAUGUUCCUAAUACCUAUACUUGCUUCUGUGGCAAGGUAAAGAAUCCUGAAUGGAGCAGAAAUGAAAUUCCACAUAGUUGUGGUGAAGUCUGUAGAAAGAAACAGCCUGGCCAGGACUGCCCACAUUCCUGUAACCUUCUGUGCCAUCCAGGACCUUGCCCACCCUGCCCUGCCUUUAUGACUAAAACAUGUGAAUGUGGACGGACCAGGCACACAGUUCGCUGCGGUCAGGCUGUCUCAGUUCACUGUUCUAACCCUUGUGACAAUAUUUUGAAUUGUGGUCAGCACCACUGUGCUGAGCUGUGCCAUGGGGGUCCAUGCCAGCCUUGUCGGGUCAUAUUGAACCAGGUAUGCUACUGUGGCAGCACUUCCCGAGAUGUGUUAUGUGGAACAGACAUAGGAAAGUCUGAUGGAUUUGGGGACUUUGGCUGUUUAAAGAUAUGUGGCAAGGACUUGAAAUGUGGGAACCAUACAUGUUCUCAAGUGUGUCACCCUCAGCCCUGCCAGCCAUGCCCACGGCUUCCCCAGCUGGUGCGCUAUUGCCCUUGUGGGCAAACUCCUCUCAGCCAGUUGCUGGAACUUGGAAGUAGUGGUCGGAAGACAUGCAUGGAUCCUGUGCCUUCAUGUGGAAAAGUGUGCGGCAAGCCUCUGCCUUGUGGUUCCCUAGAUUUCAUUCAUACCUGUGAAAAGCUCUGUCAUGAAGGAGACUGUGGACCAUGCUCUCGCACAUCAGUUAUUUCCUGCAGAUGCUCUUUCAGAACAAAGGAGCUUCCAUGUACCAGUCUCAAAAGUGAAGGUAUGACUGGGAAGGGGUGUGAUGGAACUUCUUGGGGUGAAGCAGAUGCUACAUUUAUGUGCGACAAGAGGUGUAACAAGAAACGGUUAUGUGGACGGCAUAAAUGUAAUGAGAUAUGCUGUGUGGAUAAGGAGCACAAGUGUCCUUUGAUUUGUGGGAGGAAACUCCGCUGUGGCCUUCAUAGAUGUGAAGAACCUUGUCAUCGUGGAAACUGCCAGACGUGCUGGCAAGCUAGUUUUGAUGAAUUAACCUGCCACUGUGGUGCAUCAGUGAUCUACCCUCCAGUUCCCUGUGGCACCAGGCCCCCUGAGUGUACCCAGACCUGUGCCAGAGUCCAUGAAUGUGACCAUCCAGUGUAUCAUUCUUGUCAUAGUGAGGAUAAGUGCCCUCCUUGUACUUUCCUCACUCAAAAGUGGUGCAUGGGUAAACAUGAGUUACGAAGCAACAUUCCCUGUCACCUGGUUGAUAUCUCUUGUGGACUACCCUGCGGUGCCGCGCUGCCGUGUGGGAUGCACAAGUGUCAGAGGCUCUGUCACAAAGGAGGAUGCCUGGGCGACGAGAUCUGCAAGCAGCCCUGCACCGCCUCCAGAGCCGACUGUGGCCACCCGUGCAUGGCGCCCUGCCACCGCAACCUUCCCUGCCCCGUGACCGCCUGCAAGGCCAAGAUAGAGCUGCAGUGUGAAUGUGGACGAAGAAAAGAAAUCAUGGUUUGCUCAGAAGCAUCCAGUACUUAUCAAAGAAUAGCUGCUAUUUCUAUGGCCUCCAAAAUAACAGACAUGCAGCUUGGAGAUUCAGUGGAGAUCAGCAAGUUGAUUACUAAGAAGGAAAUUCACCAAGCCAGGCUGGAGUGUGAUGAGGAAUGUUCAGCCUUGGAAAGGAAAAAGAGGUUAGCAGAAGCAUUUCAUAUCAGUGAUGAUUCUGAUCCUUUCAACGUACGUUCUUCGGGGUCAAAAUUCAGUGACAGUUUGAAAGAAGAUGCUAGGAAGGACUUAAAGUUUGUCAGCGACAUCGAGAAGGAAAUGGAAGCCCUCGUGGAGGCCGUGAAUAAGGGGAAAAAUAGUAAGAAGAGCCACUGCUUCCCUCCCAUGAACAGAGACCACCGCCGGAUCAUCCACGACCUGGCCCAGGUGUAUGGCCUGGAGAGCGUGAGCUAUGACAGUGAGCCGAAGCGCAACGUCGUGGUCACUGCAGUCAGAGGGAAGUCCAUUUGUCCUCCUACCACACUGACAGGUGUACUCGAAAAGGAGAAUCAGUCUCGGCCUCCGCCACCGAUUGCUCAUCACAGACAGACAGACAAGAAUCCUGGGAGCAGCAAUUUACAGAAGAUAGCGAAGGAGCCAGUAAUUGACUACUUUGAUGUCCAGGACUGAGGAGAUCAUGACACACUUAGGAAAAAAAAAAUGAUUAGGUGUGAUGGAGAUUUUUUCCCCGCAGAUAAAUCAUGCUUGUUCCCAACUGCCUGGUGGACUCACAGCUCACCUACUGUCUUGACCUUGAUACAUGCAAACCACGAUUGUGUCAGAAAUCCCCUUGUCCUCUCUGCUGUGUGUAAAGUGUCUCACUGUCUCACUAUUGGCAGAUUUCUGACUGGAUGAUGACUGGAUGAUCACUAGCGAUUCAGUUGAAUUUGCACAGGCUCCUCACACCAUCACCGUGAUUGCUCUGAGGGUUGGGGGAACAUAGGACUUGAUUUUAGUCAAACCGGAAUUUUAACCUGAAAUGUCACUUAGUCAUGGCCUCAGAUGUCCAUCCAGUUACCCAUCCUCCUCCUGACAAUGCCUUGCAUUUUUAAUCCAAAGUGAUCACUAUCUUUGGAAAGACAAAAGCUAACUUCUCAGUCCAAAAUCCCAAACGGUGGCUUGGUACACCAUAUCUGAAGUCAGGUGUGCGGUUAAACCCAGCUGUCUUAGCUGAGUCUUCUGCCAGAAGUUCUGCCUGGUCUACCUAGCUAAACUUAUCUGAGUGGUGUUCAGCAGCAUCAGUUCAGACCUAGGAGAGGGCUCGGGGGACCUGUCUUCCGGAAUCUACAGGGGCGUCUUCGCAUUGAGCCUGUGUGGUGACAGGUUCCCUCUCUACCAUGAUGAUGGAGGACAGCAUGAGCUCCUCCUCCCACUGGUUCACACCGCGGCCUCUGUGCGCUGACCUGUGCAGGCAUAACCCCUCCUCUCUGGUUGAGAAGGAGUCUCCUGGGCACCUACCUUUCCCAUGUCGCUUUCUCCUAAGCCUGCAGCAACUGCAUUGGUUUUCCCUGUCUCUGAGCUCUGGUCUUCUGUUUGCAUAUUCAGAAAACUAUGUGAAUGGUCCAGGGCUUAUACCAGCACGCCCCCAGAGGCGUUCUUCAGGCUCCUAUAAGGCAGGUGUGGCGACAGUCACGUUAGUUCAGCCCUCUUUGUGUUGGUACCUCUUCAACACGGAGGCCAGACUUCCAGCAACUUUGUUCUGCUCCAGAAAACCCCAGAGCAGCAGGAGGAGAAAUGAGAAGUGAUGUCACAAAACUGGCACUUAGUUUUACCGGGAAAAGCAGGGCUGCCCUUUGGUGCUGACCCAGGCACUCUGCCUUGAGAGACAUCAGGUCCAGCGGGAGGGGUGGAGGGUGGGGACAGGUGACUGGAGGGAGGAGACAGAGCCACACCUCUCCCUGAGCCGCUUGGCAGAGUCAGUGGACCCGCACCCAACAGGGGCCUCAUGAGCAUCCGUUUCAUCUUUCAAGCAGUGGGUUGAGUGGGUGAGCUGUGCUGCGAGAGCAGCUCCACACAAGCAGGAGGUAGAGACCUGAUCUCAGCUUCCAGCUCUGCCAUGGGACACCCUGCUGCCGCCUGAUGGAGUGGAGCUACUGCCUUCCUCACCAGAGUCCUGAGGAUUAAAUGAGAUAAUGUACAUGGAGGUGCCUGAGCUGUUGCAUGAGCUGAAACUACAGUAUUCGGAAAAUAUGUAGGCCUCUUUCUCCAUCAUUCCAGCCAAGUAAAGGAUUAGAAUGCUAGCCACCCA